CUUUUUUGUCGGCGUUGUACAAUAAAGACAGUUCGCCAUUAAAAUGUCGGAUUUUGACAGCAACCCUUUCGCGGACCCGGACUUCAGCAAUCCUUUUCAGGACCCCUCAGUGACGCAAGUAACGAGGAAUGCACCACCCGGCCUGGAGGAGUACAAUCCCUUCACAGAUACAAAACCUGCACCUCCUGGGUCAGUACCUAAAGUCCCGCCUACUGCUAACACACAGCCGGCCAUCAUGAAGCCCACCGAGGAACCACCUGCUUAUUCACAACAGCAAACACAGGAUCAGGCACGGGCCCAGGCGGAAUUGCUGAGAAGGCAGGAGGAAUUGGAGAGGAAAGCUGCAGAGCUGGACCGCAGAGAGAGAGAGAUGCAGUCCCUUAAUGCAUCUGGGGGAAGGAAAAACAACUGGCCGCCACUACCUGAGAAGUUUCCUGUCGGCCCAUGUUUCUACCACGACGUAUCGGUGGACAUUCCAGUGGAGUUUCAGAAAACAGUCAAAAUCAUGUAUUAUCUGUGGAUGUUCCAUACAGCGACACUUUUCAUCAACAUCUUUGGCUGCUUGGCGUGGUUCUGUGUAGAUCCGCAGCGCGGCGUAGACUUUGGUCUGGCCAUGCUUUGGUUCAUGCUCUUCACUCCAUGCUCGUUCGUCUGCUGGUACAGACCUCUGUAUGGAGCAUUCAGGAGUGACAGCUCUUUCCGUUUCUUCGUGUUCUUCUUUGUGUAUAUCUGUCAGUUUGGAGUCCAUGUGAUGCAGGCCAUUGGCAUUACAGGCUGGGGUGCCAGUGGUUGGAUCUCGGCACUGACUGGCCUUAACACGAGCGUUCCUAUCGGCAUCAUCAUGAUCCUUAUCGCUGCUCUCUUCACCGCCUCUGCCGUCAUCUCUCUGAUCAUGUUCAAAAAGGUCCACGGUCUGUACCGGACCACCGGCGCGAGCUUCGAGAAGGCCCAGCAGGAAUUCGCCACCGGCGUCAUGUCCAACAAAACAGUGCAGACGGCAGCCGCCAACGCCGCCACGUCCGCCGCCCGCGGAGCAUACAAAGAGCAGUUCUGAUCGGCCGCGAGAGACGUCUCUGUUCAAGCUCCUCCCACUUUCUUCCCUUUCUCGUUAUUUUUAAAUCAUACUCCAGACUUGAGUUAUUCCGUAAGCCUGUUUCAGAUGUGAAGGGUUCCAGGGCGUGUCCCUGCUGUGGGCUUGACGUGCUCCUUCCCUUUCAGCUGGCUAUUUCGUCGAGCGCGGGUUGUGUGUUUGCGCAUCGGGACUGUGUGUGUGGGUGUGUGUCUGUGUGAGAGUGAGUGAGAUAAUCCCUUGUACACCAUCCAACACCUACAUGCACUUCACACAGGCAUUUCAUUUAUCUCGCUCUCUUAUUGGAUGACAGUCGCGUCCAUUACUGACUGACCAGCGGGACAUGCAGAUGGUCCUAUUGUUGCUUGCUGUAUCCGAUUCUGCCUUACACGCUGUCCCUGGUCCCCCCCACAUCCCGCUCCUUAGACCCAGUCUAAGUCACUCUCCGUCACACCUUACCUCGUGCUUGAGGAGCUCUCUAGGUCUGUAUCCGGGGCCUUUUAGGGUCCAGGGAAGAACAAGGACACGGACACGACAGGAGAAAGCGACCCGCACCAAAAGCUUCCCCACUUCUCCGGCGUUUAACGGCAUGCUUUGGAGCACAAACAUGGAUACUCAAACAAUUAGCAUGCUAGCGCAGGUUGAUGUGUGUAUGUGUGAGAGAGUGAGUGUGAAGUAUUUGAGUAAGUGUUGAGCUAUUUAUUCCUACAUGAGUAACUGAAAUUCGUUUCACUUUACUUGAGCUACGUUCACACUGCAAAACGUUCAACCCUCCACCGCUGAUGCAUCUCAACUGACACACGCCCCCUCCGACACGUGCUCAGUACAGACUGCAUUUUUCACCUGCACGAGUCGAGUUCAUAUAUACCGAUCAGCAUUGUGUACAGAGAGCCACACCCUGAUCAGCGUUAUUCCUCAACCCUGUGCAGGGGUCGUAAUUGCACCAGUUAUGAGGACCCAUGAUCCGACUUGCCCCUAACCCUAUGAACAACAACCAACCGUUGUUCAUGCAGCCGCCCAGCCCAGCCGGAUGGCAGAGCUGAGCUUCAAUAUAAAAAAUACAUAUAAUUUAUCCCAACACUAUAAUACUUAUAAUAUAAAACUUCUGUGCAUGGAGCAAAUAUAUUGCUUCUUAGCAGCUUGGACUGGUUAUGAAUGCCCACAAGAAGCUUAGCUUAGCUUAGUUUUGUGGCUAACUGGUGACAGUGAUUGUGGUUGCUUAGUGCUUACUACAUAAAUCCUUCAUCUUGCUGGCAGCGCCUCUCCUACUAGUAUAUAGGAUGCAGCAAGGUACUAUUUGGGUACAGCACAUUUUACACUUACACCGAUUCUUGUUUCUACACUCACUGUCCAUUUAAUCAGCUCCACUUACCAUAUAG